CCCGGAAUCAAAGUAGUAUCAACGUGGUUUUGGGAGUGAGGCUGCGUGCUAAUUUUUUUUAAAUUGUGGUAGACUUGUUCGUCGAUGUUAUGGCUAUAAUCCAACACAUUGGUGAAAGUGUUCGUCGCGAUUCUUCUGCAGCUGUUACAAAAACGAUUCCUUAAUUUGACGUAGUGUCGUUGGAUCAUUAUUUGUACGUAUAUACACACACCAGUGUACACACCGAAAACAUGGCGGCGGACGCUUCGUGUUUUUGGAUCAUGUCACAAUACAGGAGACAUAAAUUAUUUUCAUGGAACUAGGUACUGUGGAAGUUUCGUUAUGCUUUGCUAAUCUGUGCAAUGUUGUUCUUGGGAAGAUUCACUUGGCAUAUAUCGAUGAUGAGUUUUAUGAAUUGUCGUGGGAUGACUGGAGACCUAUAGUUCCAGAAUAGUGAAGUGGGAAAUCAGUGUGUGCGAGCUGAAGUUGACGUUCAUACGGACGGUGCAGUAAAUGUUGUCAUCAUGUCUCGGGGCUAUUCAAAAUUGUAUAGCCGCAAGUUAAAUAAUGGUUCUCAAGCUAGUAUCCAAUUUGAUAAGCUUUUUCACGAGAACAGCAAUAGACCAUCAGCUGCCAAGUCUGCUGGAACAAUAGGAAGAUGGGGUGUAAUAUCUUGCACUUCAUUGCGAAGCACCAAUUUAAAUGGUCGUAGGGAUGAAGUGAUCAGCAACAAGCGAAUGCGCAUAGACUUCAGUAAUCGAAGCAGUUCCAAAGAUCCCUUUACAUUUGAUACAGAUCCAGAUGGCAGAGUGGGAUCUGAUAAACAGCCCCCUGUAUCUAAGCCCAAGAAAUUCUUCAAAAGUCGAAACAUUGACUCCCCUGAUGAAAUUCAUCCUAUACAUUCUGUUGCAUCAUACAUGGGAAGCAAUCGCAGUGGUGAAUUGAAUUGUGGGUCUCAUGGAUCAAGAAAAUAUAAUAAAAGUAAUCAAGGGUCCAAAAAGUUUUUCACUUCAGCUGCUAGUAAAACAAGUGAAGAUUCUUCAUCUUCAUUAUCUGUGUCAAGUGCUCCCAAGCCUUCAACUGUUCCUGCUAGGGAGGAAAAUAAACCCCCAAUAGUCUUGAGGAUAGUCAAAGGUACCUCUCAUUUAGUGAAUGAACUUCCGGUGUCCACAAGUGUUCAGUCUAGCAGCAAACCUGCCAGUGACAGUGGUGUGAUUGUGCGUAGUUCAAGAAGAAAGGCCUCGGUUGAUCCAAAUUGUGAAUAUCAAGUGUCUGUUGUACAUUCUGUUAGUAAAGACACAUCCUCCAGUAUUACACCUCCACCAAAGAAAUCAAGUAAAGAGAAGAGGAAGGACUCUCAUAGACACCGUGAGGAACGUGUUCGAAGUAUAGAAAGAGAAAAUGAAGCUCCUGUUCCUUUAGAUGAUGUGGAGCGAGCUGUUGCUGCCUUAGAGGCCGGCAAGGCUAUGGACUGUGAGCCUGAAACUAUACCUGAAGGUGGUACCAGCGAUGCUUUAACAAUAACAGCAGAAGAAGUUGCACCAUCGACUGUUAGUAAUUUGUCUCCUGUUUGUUAUUCUUCCAAUCAAGAUGUAAAUUUAGCAGUAACUUGUAGUGUAGAUACUCCUCUCGUAACAGAUCCUCUACCUUUGAAUAUGUUGGAAAAUGAACCUCCAGAUGUGCCUGACAAUGAGAAAGAUGACCAGGAGAAAUUACUGAAGGCUCAGGAGCUUCUUGCUGAAACAUACAUGGAUUUCACAGGCACUGCUGAGAAGCUUCUUCAGUUACCUCAGACUGCUGCAACACCUUCAUCUGAUCUUGCACCUCAAGGGAAAGGUUUCCCAGAGCACGAUUGGUUCUCAGAUAGUGAAGGUAGUAACAGCAUUUUGGAUCAAAUUAACACAUUAGCUGAGUCGCAAUCUGAGAUGGAUCAAGGACCAGUGAUAGAAAACACUCAGUUUCCAGUUGUUCCACAAACAUCAUCUGUGGAAUUGCACCCUAGUCAGGACUUGCAGGAUACUCAGGAAUUGGAAGACAAAGCAGACCUUGAACAAGAACCUGAACCAGAAAUGGAAGUGGGUCGUGAGCUCCGUUCAGGUCGUACAGCUUCUCCUGCGACAAAAAAAGGGAGUAUUUUCAAAACACGUUCUUUGCUGUCAGAUGGUCGUAGAACACGUCGUGCCGUUUAUAAACACAAGUGGGCAGAUACUGAUAAAGAAGCAGCAGCUGGCAGUUCUCAGCCUUCAGAAUCUGCUGCUGCAACUUCUGCUUCUCAGCCUGUGGCAGCCAGUGCUUAUGAUAUGGAUGAGGAAUUUGAAUUGGGUAAACUUACUAGAGUGUGUACAUGGCCACAAAGCAAUGACGAAGUUGGAGUCGAAGAUGAAAUAAUAACAAGAGUUAGAUGCAACAAAAAGGAUAAAGAGUAUUAUACAGUAGUUCGCAAUGUGAAAAAAGCUCAUCAGAUUCAGGAAUCUGGAGAAUUCCAAGAAUUCAAUGAUGAUGUAGAAUAUAUUUUAGAUGCCUUGCAAGACAACAAUCCCAUUGGAACCAGGUGUUUGUCAGCUAUUACACUUGCAUCAAAGUGUAUGGCUCCUGCAUUUCGAAUGCAUGUGCGUGCUCAUGGGACAGUCACCAAGUUUUUCCGUGCCUUACAUGAUGCCACGAAAGAUCAGAGCCUGGCAUUGUGCACUGCAACAGUGAUGUUUGUUCUCAGUCAGGAUCGUUUGAAUAUGGAUCUUGACAAACACAGCCUAGAGUUAAUGCUGAAUCUCUUGGAAUCUGAUGCAAGUCACAGGAAUGCAUUGGAUGACUGUGGGAUGAGCAGUGCACAGUUACAUAAGAACAAGCAAAAAGUUCGUGAAUUAUGUGGAGAAAUUCAAAGCCAAGGACAUGCGAAGCAUCUGAAUUUGGACAAUAUUACGGUUGGACAUCUUGCAAUGGAGACUCUUCUUAGUUUGACAUCCCGUCGUGCUGGGGAAUGGUUUAAAGAAGAGCUGCGGGAACUAGGGGGUUUAGAACACAUUGUCAAGACUAUUUCUGAAUGCUGCCGCCAUUUGGGUGAACAGUUUGUCAUUCAGUGGUCAGAACCUCUCCUUGAUAAGUUAAGAAAAGUGGACAGAUGCUUACGUGUUCUUGAAAAUGUCACUCAUCAGCAUGAAGAAAACCAGCUGUACUUGCUACGCUAUGAAGAUGGAGUGUUAGUCGAUAUUCUCUUUAGACUCUUCUGUCAGUGUGAUGCUGAAAUUACCAUGUAUCCUGUGACAGAUGAGUCGGACAAAGAGUCUACUGGUGUAGUCAUACGGGAAGCCUUAUUAGUUACAUUAAAGGUGCUGAUAAAUCUUUCACAUGAUUUUAACAACCAAUCCUAUGGAAGUACAUUAGUGGGUCAGCGAAAAGGCAUAGUGAAUACGUGUAUGCAUGUUAUAUUGGAAGUACCCAAAUAUGUUCCAGAUCAGAAGAAGUUUGAUCUUCUUGUGUUGGGCCUGAUACUACUUAUCAAUCUUGUUGAACACAGUGAAGAAAAUAGGAGAAUACUAAUGGAAGCUCGAAUAUGUUUUGAUGAUGACAUUUUCCCUUUGCAAGACAAUAGUGCAGUGAAGAUUCUCAUCAAGUUGUUUUACGAGCAUGAACAAUUAGCAAGAGUUGAGGAAGUAAAAACUGAUGCUAUUCUGGAUGGGAAGAGAGACACAGAAGAACCUGAAGCUGAAGUAGCACAACCAAAGAGUCAUGAAGAGUUCAGUUGGGGAAAAACUGUUCCAAAAUUACUCCAGAAGGCAGGGCGCAACAUGGAACACACACUGAUUGGAGCAUAUAUCGGUCUGCUGCUUGGGUACCUGAUUAUAGAUAAUAAGGAAUAUGAAUUAUAUGUGCGCCAGUGUUUGCCAGAGGGAAAUUUCAAGACAAUUAUCUCAGUUCUUCAAAAAGUCUACAAUUUUAUGAAUCUUACUGCCUCAGCAGUUGGGAGUAGCCGUGGAAUUGCACAGACUGAGCGAGUAAUCAAUUGCCUUAUAAGAUCUGACGCUAAUGCAGCAUCAGUUGUAGAAGGAUCUUCAAAACUUCUUUGUGAAACCAGUGUGGAGGGUAACAUGUCUGUGUUGGAUGAAAGUAUUUCAUAGUAAAUAUUCACAUUUUGUGGAGUGUUAGUACAACUGAAUAAUUUUCUUGUUGAAAUUAAUUCCCAGAGCACCUUGUGGAGGUUAAUUGACCCUUGUGAGGUAAAGGUUAAUCUGUGACAACUUCAGGUCAGUGUUAGAUAAUAAGUAAAUUACAAAUGGGAGAAAAACUUAAAUACUUUGUAAAAUUCAAUAUAGGACAAUGACAAACCCUUUUUCCAUGAUGACUUAUUUAUACGGUAUAUACGUGAAUAUGCAGUUGAGAGUUACUUAUUUGAGUUUUUCGUCAAUUGCUUCAAGAAAUACCUUGAAAUUUAGUGUCUUGUUAUGUACACUAUUUGUGGUGAAAUGAACCUUUUCAUGGCUGACAUGAUUGAGGAAUCUGAAAGUUGCAAAUGUAAUGACUGACAGAUAGUAAGUUCCUCUCAUUGAAGACUAAUUUUAAUUCAAAUUAAAACAUUCUAAAUUCAACAUUAGUGUGAUUGUUUAGUAAUCGGUGAGUGUCUGCCAUGUUUAUUAUCUAUUACUUUGAAUUGUUGAAAAUGAGAUCUGUGUGUAUUAAUAAUUAAAAUGAAAAUUUGUGCGACAAAUUUGGUAUCCGGUCUUUCAGCACAUUGAGAUGGACUGUUGUAAAAUUUCAGUGGAGCUGUUUUGCAGAUGUCAAUCCUUUUUAAUGUCAAAUAUGACAAUUGCAGUGAACAGAAACCAGAGGUCGAUUUUCUAUGACCAUUUGUGCUCAAAGUUGAUAUGAAUGAUGAUUUCUUCAUUCAGGGUAAAUUUGGUUCAUGUUGCAUAUAUUGAUUGUCUUUUAGUAUUGUUUUGUAAUAGUUUCUCAGUGUAUAACAUUGUAAGAGGAACUUUCCUCUACAAUAGUGAAUUUUGACAACGCACCAAAGCACGCAAAAUAUCUGGGAUGAGUUAACAGGCAUGGUUUACAGGUUCACUUUAAAUGUAUUUGACACUGCAGAAGUUUUAUUUCAGAAAGUUAUUCGUUGAAUGUUAUUUUAUUUAUUUAUUGGUUUGAAAUAGGGGUGUAUUUUUUUAAAUGACUGUUUUAGGUUUCCUUGAAUACAUGAAAUGUACAAUGGAAUUGUAAUUAUAGCUCAUUACUUUCUGAAAAUAAUGUAUCUUAAAUAUUUUACCACCUUGCAUGAAGAUCUUGUUCUGAGUAAAUUUUAUAAAAGAGUGGAAGGAAGUUAUGAAUUGUUUGAUUGAAUAUUUUUUUAACCAUUUUCAAAUUUCUUGAAAUCCUGUGUAUCACUGAUUAGAAUUAUAUAAAUUCGUGAGGCAGUUAGAUAAUCCUAUACUAACCUUACAUUGUACCUUAUCCUUCAACAGAGAACAUUGUUAAAUAAUUAUCAGCUUUACCAUAAAAAUAAAAUUAAACUUACGGUGCUCAGAAUGGCACAGACUUUCCCAUAUUUGUUUGCUAUUUCUUUUGGCCUCAGAGUACUCUCCCUCUCUCUCUCCCUCUCUCUCCC